AUGGAUAGACCACAAUCAAACUAUUUCGGUGCAGGCCCAGCACAAUUGCCCUUGCCAGUGUUGCAACAAGCAGCCAAGGACUUGAUCAACUUUCAAAAUGAAGGAUUGGGUAUUGGUGAAAUCUCGCAUCGUUCUAAGAAGGCCAAAAAUGUGAUUACUGAUACAAAGGCCCAUCUCAAAGAGUUAUUUGGGGUGCCGGAUACGCACGAGGUGUUUUUCCUACAAGGUGGUGGUACUACCGGUUUUUCUUCUGUAGCUGCAAACAUGAGUGCAGCAUACUUGGGAAAGACUGGUAAGGUUGGUACUGCAGCAUAUUUGGUGACUGGUUCUUGGUCUGAAAAGUCCGCUCAAGAAUGUGAAAGGCUCGGCGUACCAACUGAGGUCAUUUUCAAUGUGAAGAAGGAAACUGGUAAAUAUACCACGAUUCCAGACGUCUCAACUUGGGCUAGCAAGUUGGAUGCAGAAAAGCAUUCCUAUGUUUACUUUUGUGAGAACGAAACCGUUCACGGUGUAGAAUGGCCAGCUCAGUUGCCAGCUGAAUUGGUGAACUCUAAGAUUCCAAUUGUAGCAGAUUUGUCUUCUGAUGUCUUAUCUCGUAAGAUUGACAUCUCUAACUACUCUUUGAUUUUAGCAGGUGCUCAAAAGAAUAUUGGUCUGGCUGGAUUAACGAUAUACAUCAUCAAGAAAGACUUACUAGAUGACAUGUCUAAAGUUUCCCCUGCACAGUUGAGAGAACAUCAAUUGCCUGUCGCACCUAUUGCUACUGAUUAUCCAACGGUUGUGAAAAACGACUCGGCAUAUAACACUAUUCCAAUCUUUACUCUACAUAUUAUUGACUUGGUUUUGAAGGGAUUGAUGGAAAAGGGUGGUCUUGCUAAACAGCAAGAAGAAAAUGAAGAAAAGGCUAGGAUCUUAUACACAGCAUUGGAUAAGUUCCCUGACUUUUAUAACUUGCCCGUGGAUAAAAAGUACAGAUCAAAGAUGAACGUAGUAUUCACGUUAAAGAAGGAUGGUCUAGAAGAUAAGUUCAUAGAAGAAGCCGCUAGUCUGAACCUAACUGGUCUAAAGGGCCAUAGAUCCGUCGGUGGUUUCAGAGCAUCUCUUUACAAUGCAGUGGAACUUUCCAGCGUGAAACUUUUGGCUGAAUUUGUCACAAAGUUUGCAGAAGAUAACCAAUAA